GACUCGCGUUUUUUUUGAUGUUUCGUCAACAACAAUCUUCGGUCAUCGCGAUAUCAUCUACGGCAAGAUCUCAUCUAUUGUGGACUUAAUAGCGAUUCAAUUCUUACGUGAUGUAUCAUGCAACUAUUCGGCCUUAGGCAACAUCAUGAUCGCAAUCUCUCAACCUCAUAAAUCUAUAUUCUCAUUGCCGCACUUUUCAUAACGGUCAUGCAGCUAUGUCCGAUACAUUCGGCAAUAUCAUCAAUGGCGCUGCCGGCACUGCGCAGGGAAGGGAAGGAACAACAGUCCAGACAUUUGUUAUUUCACUUGCGGCUGGUUUUGUCCUAUUCGCCGUACAAUUCGGAGCAUUCCUGAUUGUCCGGAAUUACCUUUGGGCAAAACGAAUAUAUCAGCCAAGAUCCUUCUUGAUCGCAUCCAAGGACAGAGUCAAACCACCACCAAACAACCCACUCAGAUGGCUUUGGUUGAUGUUGAAAACCCCGAAUGACUUGGUCUUACGUAAAGCAGGCAUGGAUGCCUACUUCUUUCUCCGGUAUUUAGGGAUGUGUUUGAUCAUGUUCUGUCCUAUGACCCUGAUCAUCCUCCCUAUCCUGAUCCCAAUCAAUUACAUUGAUGGCAAGGGAACCAAUACGAUAGGUACGACCCACUAUAACGUCACUGGCCUAGAUACACUGGCGUGGUCCAACGUGGCACCACAGCAUACCAACCGCUACUGGGCGCAUCUUCUCUUAGCGGUAGGAGCAAUAAUCUGGGUCUGUUUUUUGUUUUAUCACGAGUUACUGCAUUAUGUCGUCAAGAGGCAAGAAUACAUGGGAAAUCGACUUCAUCGACUGAAAGCUUCGAGCACGACAGUCCUUAUCAUGGAUAUACCCAAGAUUUUAUGCACCACCGAAGCAUUGAUGGAACUCUAUGACGACUUUCCUGGUGGGGUACGAAGAAUCUGGCUGAACCGCAACCUGGAGUCACUCGCAGGAAAGGACAAAUUAUGGAGGGAAUACGAGGCUCGUCUAGAGAAUGCCGAGACCAAUCUGAUUCGCAAAGUGAUAAAGCAACAUCGGAAGAAGGGAAAAGGAGUCAGCGACGUCAAUCUAACCGAGAUGUCAACGCUUAAAGAAGGUACGACAGACGCAAGGCACAUCGGUAGCGAGCCUGACGCCGCAGGACCAAGGGAAUGUACGACCCCGGCAGCUUGCGAAUAUGACCUUGAACAUGACCUGACGACGAAAGCUCUGUGGACCAAGUACGUGACGCCCAGGCAACGAGCACAUAUGCGAAUACCUCGGCCCAAUUAUGCAAAAGUAUGCAAACUUCCCUUGGUCGGUCAAUUCUUCUCGCUGAAGGUGGACACUAUUUACUACUGUCGGCGUGAACUUGCGCGCCUGAAUCGGGAGAUUGAGGCAGAAAUCGAUGCAGCAGAUCAUUGUCCGCAGAAUGGAUCGGCUUUCGUCCAAUUCAAUACUCAGAAGGCAGCACAUCUGGCUUGUCAAGCCGUCGCUCAUACGAUGCCCGGACGGAUGGCUCAACGAACGGUCGAGAUGUCACCAGCAGACAUUAACUGGCCCGCGCUUAAUUACACUGGGCGCAACAGAGCUGUACGACUCAUCAUCUUUGUGGUGCUGUUCAUCGUUCUGGUGUUUGUUUUCGGCCUCAUAUCGUUCUUUACCGGACUCUUGUCGAGAGUGUCGACAUUAGCUGGCUCAACUUCCUGGCUGCAUUGGAUAGGCACGCUGCCACGCUGGUUCUUGUCAUUCGUACAAGGUACUCUCCCUCCAGUGAUCCUCGUUGUUUUGUUGAGUGGUCCAACACCAAUCGUCCUUCGAGCAAUGACGAAUAGCACUCGUGGGGCUACGACAGGCUCUCGAGGCGAGCGUUCCCUUCAGCUCUGGUACUUCAUUCUUCUCGUCUUCGAGGUCUUUAUCAUACCAACCAUUUCAUCUGGACUCACCAGCAUUGUACAAGAACUCAUACACAAUACAGCGUCCGUACCCGAAAUUUUGGCGACAAACUUACCAACUGCAGCUAAUUACUACUUCUCAUUCUUGAUCCUUCAAGCCUUGUCAAUAAGCUCAAGCUCAAUCUUGCAGUCGAUCCGUCUGCUGAACUUCUACGUCUUCGGGAGGGUCAACAGUCCUGAUGAAGUAUUCCGCAAAUUGAGCUUCACCUGGAGAACUCGAAUUGGAUCCAAUAUUCCUUGGUAUACGACGUUUGCCGUCAUUGGACUAGUCUACUCAGUUAUUGCACCACUGAUAUUGGUUUUUAUGCUUCUCACAUUCAGCCUCUUCUAUGUCGUUAUCAAGAACAACGUUCUCUACGUCGUACGCACGGGGAACGUUGAUAGCGGUGGUUUAUGGUUUCCAAGUGCUAUCAAUCAGACUUUCACAGGUUUAUACUUCAUGGAGGUCUGCCUAAUCGGCCUUUUCUUUCUGGUGCGCGAUGCACACAACAAGGUCUCGUGUGAGGCUCAAGGCAUCAUCAUGUCCAUCGUCUUCGUGCUUACUAUCAUGUAUCAGAUCUGGCUGGCAGUGCAUUUCAGUGCACUGUUCAAGUACGCUCCUCUCCAGCUGGCGAGCGACACGUUUCUGCAUGAUAAGGAAUCCCAAAUACCAACCUCGACUUCGAACCUGCAGGACACUGAGCUGGCGAGUGGCGAGGUCAAUGCUACCAAGGAGAAAAGAGUUGAGAUGGCAGUACCUGCGGAACAGGCCAAGCAAGCUGAACGAGCUUCACGAUCGCCUUCUCUCGCCGAAAGUCGACGUUCUUCUUCUCAAUCGCUGGGCACGACACACUUGUCUCGCCGUGGAACAGACAUGGAAGCGCAAAAGGAGCACGACAAGCAUCAAGCUAGGCGUAUCUUGGCGCGCUUACAUCGACCUCUCGACGAAGCUAAGCUCGCCGGACUCGAGUCAGACCUCUCCCGAGCCGAAGCAUAUAUCAGUAGCACCUUUAUACCACGCAAACGCGAAGUCACAGCACUGAUGAUGAAUGAUCCUAUCAGUAAGAUCAUUAUGCAGCAUAACGAUAACUUGGAAAACCUUACCAGCGAAGAGCGAGAUAUGUUAGUCAGUGUUGCAUUCAUGCAUCCCGUGCUACGAGACCCGAAACCGAGCGUAUGGAUCCCGAGAGACUAUAUCGGCGUUAGCGACGAUGAAAUCAGGAGGAUGAGAGCGCUGAAUCAGCAUAUUUCGUUCAGUAAUAGGGGAGCUUUCUUUAACAGGAGAUUGAAAGUGGAGAUUGAUAAGCCGCCACCGGAUAUGAGCGAGUUUACGCUGGUAAUGGCGGAGUUAUAACUCUAUAUAUGUGUUAAAGCAAUACAAAGGUCUGGUAUAUGGGUUUGUUGCAGUGAUUCAGGGCGUUAUGAUACUGUAUAGAGCGACUGUUUAUCUUCAGAUAGUAGGAUCAUAUUAAAGUAUAGCAGCCUCGCUCCCGUGAACUUUAGGGCUAUACUAUGUAUUAUAACGAAUAACCCAUGGUCAAG